AUGGACGGGCGGGCGGCGGCUGCGGCGGGCGGGGCGCGGCGCCCUUCCCGUGGUGCCGCGGGAGCGGCGGCCGCAGCGGCCGCGACUCCAUCCGGGUCCCGCGAGUACCGGGAUGGCGGGACCGGGCGGCGGCCGUGGGGCCGGGGGGGCGCGGGGGACGACCGCGGGGUCUGGGGCGCGCCGGGCCGGGGGGAGGGUGGGGGCGAAGGGACUGAGCCGAAGGGACCGUACGGGCGGGCGAGGGGCCUCGGCCCGGCCUCUCCGCCGCUUCGUGCCGCGGGCCUGGCUCAUUGUCCUUCUUCCCCUCAUCGAUGCUUUUUUCCCCCGUUCUCCCUCGCUCUCCUCCAGGCUCACUGGAAGGCCCGGAAGUGCCGCCCCCGGGAGCCGCCAGUGCUAGGUGAGAAGGGACACCUGUGGAGCACAACUGAUUUGGUCCCAAAUGGAAGUAUAGGAAUGCUGGCUGGAAUGCAGGAUGGUGACAUUGGGGCUGCACGUGCCACUUUGGGGACACUGGGCUGUGCUGAGCCUCCCAGAAGAACGGACAUCCCUCAAUUCCAGAGUCAUCAGAGCAUGGUGUGGCCUUCAGCCCCCCAAGCUGGAGCUGUGGAUUUAAUGUUAUAGUUCUGUAAAGAUGAGCCCUGGCAGGAGCUACUGGAGGUAUCAGAUAUCACUGUGUGUGUUGUUGCAACACAAGAAACCAGAUUUAUUCUUAUUUGUUGUAUUGGUUGUAGUGGAAUUGGAUUUUUAGGCUGGUUUGUUUCAGACACUUGAAACCACUCCAGUGAAGAGGCACUGGAAAAUCAGACACUGUUCCCGCCUGUUGUAUUAAAGCAGUGUUCAAAAUAAAGCUAU